UGAGUGAGCUUUAGAGCUUCAAGGAUUGCAAAUGGGACGCUGAGCUGACGUCAUCAGCAUGCGCCUAUUGAGAGUCGACACGAGGAUGUGACUACCGCUGAUCAUUUUUAUUUUCAUUUCGAUCUAAACUAGUGACUUAGUUGUAUAAUAAUUGGUCGAUGACGUAAGAAUUAGCAAAAAUGUCUGAGUUUUCCGCCCUAGGGCUGUCAAAUUGGUUGAUACAACAAUGUACACAAUUGGGGAUCAGUAAACCAACACCCGUCCAGGAGAACUGUGUGCCACCAAUUUUGGAAGGUCGGGAUGUGAUGGGCUGUGCAAAAACUGGCAGUGGAAAGACUGCCGCGUUUGUUUUACCAGUGCUCCAGAAGUUAUCUGAGGAUCCCUUUGGGAUAUUCUGUCUCGUGCUCACGCCAACCAGAGAGUUGGCGUACCAGAUUGCUGAGCAGUUCAGAGUCUUUGGCAAACCGCUGGGCUUGAGGGAUUGUAUUAUUGUUGGUGGAAUGGACAUGAUCACUCAAGCCUUGGAGUUGUCAAAUAAGCCUCACAUUGUUGUAGCCACACCAGGACGGCUGGCAGACCAUAUACGAAGCUCCAACACCUUUAGCAUGAAGAAUAUCAGGUUUCUGAUCAUGGAUGAAGCGGAUCGCCUGCUGGAGCAGGGCUGCACAGACUUCACCAAGGACCUGGAGGUGAUUCUGGGGGCUGUGCCAGCCAAACGCCAGACUCUCCUCUUCAGUGCCACCCUCACAGACACUCUGCAGGAGCUCAAAAGCAUCGCCAUGAACGAACCCUUCUUCUGGGAAAGCAAAUCUGAGACACGCACGGUCGAAGAGUUGGAUCAGAGAUACAUUCUAACCCCAGAGAAAGUGAAAGACGCCUACCUGGUGCACCUGAUCCAGAAGUUUCAAGACGAGCAUGAUGAUUGGUCCAUCAUGAUCUUCACCAGCACCUGCAAAAAUUGUCAAAUACUUACUAUGAUGCUCCGCGAGUUCAACUUCCCCACCAUUUCCUUACAUUCUAUGAUGAAGCAGAAACAACGUUUUACCAACCUAGCAAAGUUCAAGUCCAGUGUCUACAAAAUCCUCAUAGCAACAGAUGUGGCAGCCAGGGGUCUGGAUAUUCCAACAGUCCAGGUCGUCAUCAACCAUAACACUCCAGGUCUGCCAAAAAUCUACAUCCACAGAGUUGGAAGAACAGCCAGAGCAGGAAGAAAUGGUGUCUCGAUUACUCUGGUGACUCAGUACGACAUCCACCUGGUCCAGUCUAUUGAGGAACAGAUUCAGACUAAGCUGAGUGAGUAUUCAGUUGAAGAGAAAGAUGUGCUGAAGAUCCUCACCCAAGUCAACGUGACAAGAAGAGAGUGUGAAAUCAGACUUGAGUCUACAGAUUUCGAUGAGAAGAAGGAGAUCAACAAAAGGAAACAGAUGAUCCUGGAAGGGAAAGAUCCAGACUUGGAGGCAAAAAGAAAGGCGGAACUGGACAAGAUCCGUAGUGAAAAAAGAAAGUUUAAGGAGCGGAUUCAAGAAACGAUUCAGAAGAAACAACAGGGAAUGUUGAAAAAGAAACAGAUGAAGAGUAAACAUAUCCAAAAGAAAAAGGCUGCAAAGCCCACAUAACACCUAGUUGUAAAUGAUUGUGUGUAUAUUUUUGUAUAUUUGAUCAUACAUUUUUUCCACCUAUGUUGCCAUGGUUUAUUCUGGUAUUUCUCUUUUAGGCUUGUGUAGUUUCAAUAAAUCACAAUACAUGGGCAAAUUGGUGACAAUCAAACUUUAUUGAUGCGUUCAGUUUUACAAGAAUUUAAUCCCAAUGUGAAUCGUCUUGAUUAGUCUUUACUGCAAGUAAGAUCAAAUCAUGUACCCUUAUCAGAAACGUGUCCAAUUAAUCUAGGGUUUGCACUCUAACUCUGAGGGCUGUAAGGUGGACACCAAUGGUAGCCUCCCUAAAACUGGCAAAACAUUUCAUUUCUUGCCUGCAUUUCAAACCUUUCAUUUAGUUCUGUGUUGGGCAACUACAGCUCAUUCUGGCAAAGAAAACAUGGAUCUCUUUUGGUCCAGAGGAAAACAGUUGUACUAUCUGUAGGAUGGUUUUCAAAUGAGUGAUGGGUACUAUAGGCCUGAAAUGGAAAAUGAGUUAAUUGCACAAAAGAACAUGAACACGGAAAUCACAAUCUUGCAAUGUACUACUUCUAAACACACUGUUCAACCAUAUUUAGCUAGUAUGUGACAGCAUGAUUGUCAAACAAUGUGUGUUUUGGAUUCACAGAAAUUAAAAUCAAGCUAGCGGCCUUUUUAUGUGGAAGUAAACGGAAGGAAGCAGGUGGUAAAAUGAGUACAUUCUCAUGGUGUUCCGCACACAACAUUCUAAAAACUGAUACACAAGACUAAACCCUCAAAUCCGAAACAUCCACAGUUGAAGGAGUAUCUGGAACAAAAAGUAAACCAUAACUUCUACCUCAUCCCCUUCAUCACUGAAUAAGCUACUCAAAACAAAAUACAACAGUAAAAACUACAAAAAGGGGACUACAAUCUACCCAGCUCACAACAUGGCACACAGAAGCUAAUAGUUCCACUGGGCAAAAUGGAAUGAGCUCAAGGUUGACGUUAAACAUAAUUCACAAAAAGGGAGGGUGGGGUGUGUUCAGAAAGCCAUACCGAUACGAUGGAAAACAUCUAUGAGGGAUCAACUAUAGGGAAGGCGACAUUGUCUUUAAAAACACAAAAUAAAAAGUACACAAAGCAAAGCACUUCAACCAACCAGGAUUCAUACCAACUCAGAGAAGGAAGGUGGCUUCCCUCCGUGCGUCCCUACAGAGACCACAACACCACGGCCUGUUCAUCUCUGGGGUCUAUGGAGCUUGUUUUUGUAUUCCUCGUGUGGUAAUAUUGGUUAUGAGGUUAACAUAUGCUGGCAUAGGUUUUUCCUUACAUUCGUGUGUUUGCUGCUUUUUACACCUGAAGAUAAGCUAGUUCUUAUAGGCACCGGUUCAGAUACUCACUCUUAUUGUGAGAAUGACGUAAGAAAUCCUUUUUCAAUAAACGUAUGGAAUCAGCACCAGUCCAAUGUUAUUUGAAAUGGCUCAUAUGGAUGUGAGAUACCUCUACAAGUACAUUUUAUGUAGCCUCCAUACAAAAACACCGAACCGUGAGUGACAGUUGAUGACUCCUGAUUAAAUCAUCUCUUCUAGAGGUUAAGGGGCUCAUGCAGUACUGGCUAUAUUAGUCUGACCACAUCCUUCAGCCACCUUCCUUUUCAACCUGUUUGGUAUUUGUAUGCGCCUACCUCUUACAAUUAACCACAAUCACAAAAGCAUGUGUAGCCUUAUACAGGUUCUAUUAUCUGCCUUUCACAUCUUUUUCUUUACUGGGGCUUGAUUCAUACAGACAGACAGUAUUUCCCCAUGGGAGGCCCUCACAGCCCCCAAAUAAAGACCUUCUUCAAAGCAGUUGCUAAGCAUACAAAGCAUAAAAAUAAAAUAAAAACAUCAAAAA